AUGCAUAAAAUAACCAAGGAAAAACCGUCUUCAACAAAUCCCCUUGACCUCCCCGAGAUCCGAGCCCGUAUCGCCAUAUUUCUUGACCGUAAGGCCUGUACCUCCUGCAUGUGCGUAUCCAGGGACUGGUUCAUGGACUUUGCCCCCUCUGUCUGGCAUACCUUCGACUUUGACAAGGAUGACGACGCUAUUUCAAACCUCACUCCGGAGGUCGUGGGCAAGUAUGGUUCUUUCAUCUCAGAGGCUCGCAACAUUACACACAUAUCUGACCUCCGGUUAAUCCAGAGCCACAAGGUGAACGCCCUCAAGUACAUUCAAGUCCGUCCUGAUAUUCCUCUCUACACUGGGUCCAACCUUCGGUAUCUUUCCGCUUCACUGAAUCAAAUCUACGCCAACGACAUUGAAAACAAGGAUGCCCCCUCCCUCCUGCUUCAUUUUCCGCUCCUCAAGGAAUGGGACAUACCAUGGAUGUAUCAACCGCCUCAUUGGCCGACUGGCCCUGUCUGUGAGGAUUUUUCUACAUGGUGCCCAGACCUCAAGACCAUCACUUUUGGAAAGGAAAGCACCGAGCUGAUAUCGAACCUGCUCAUCAACACCUUCCAAAAGGUCGAGUCCUGCACCCUCUUCUCCGAGAAUCUGACAACAUCAACCGCCCUCGGUUUGAUCGCCCAUCAGGCCACUUUGACUUCAGUUACCAUCAAGGGCGUUAUGAAGGGCUCAACUUGGACGCAAUGGUUACAUAUGAUCCCAAGACUAUGCACCAACCUCCAGGUUCUCUCUCUCGUAUCCCUAGAAUUUGACUCCAAGACGCUUGACACGCUCCAGUGGGGAUGCAAGGGUCUUCGGGAGCUGAGAGUUCGAUUCCAGGACCUGGACGACGACUGGAAGAUUUACGGAUGUCUCAAGCAGUUGUGCAAUUGGCGUCGGUUCGGCGGAGAGGCCUUUGUCCCACACAAACACAACAUGAAUGCCGAGACUCGAGUCUGCCAAUUUUUGUUCCAAUUUAAGAGUCUGAGGACGCAUCGGGUCCAUCCAUCCAAGAUGCGAUUCACUCCGGAUAACCGCUCAAACAACCCCCUCGAUCUCACCGAGAUCCGCACCCGUGUCGCCACCUUCCUUGACAGCAAGGAUCACCUCCCCUGUAUCUGCGUCUCCCAAGACUGGUUCCGCGACUUUGCACCGCUAGUUUGGCGCACCAUCGAUUUUGACAAGCACGCCGCUGCCUUUGCAAAAGUCACUCCCCAGGUCCUCGACAAGUAUGGCGGCUUCAUCUCUCAGACCCUCAACAUCUCAACAUUGAGUCACAUCCAAGCCCUCCAGCAUGUUAAAGUGAACUCUAUCGUGGCCAUGAAAAUCCAUUUCAACGGGAACUGUCUCUAUCGGUCCAUGCUGUCAGACCUCCUCCGGCGCUCCCACGGAUCCAUCACGUCUUUAACUUUCUGGUGCCACCCGCCAGAACCCAACACGUUUGAAAAGCAGAGGAGCGGAGCCUAUCAUUACAUCCAUGUCAAUGACAUAUUCGCCCCUUUUCCUUCCUCGACGGACCCCAGAUCGAAUGCAAGCCUAGGAACUCGAUUGAAGUCGCUGUCGCUGACGCACAUCUGCCUCACGCGCGAAGGCUUCUCUUCGAUACUGCAAUACUCUCCGUUGCUGGAUGAGUUGACCCUUGAUAGAGUCAUGGUCAUGUACCACAAGCCUGGCAUUCCCCUCUACACAGGAUCCGCACUGAGAUACCUCUCUGCAGACUUUGCUCAAGUCUGGUGCAACGAUAGCUUGGAUCCUUCUGCGCCCUGCCUGCUCCUCCACUUUCCGCUCCUCGAAAAAUGGCAUCUAACCUCACUGGCCCAACCCAACAAUCGAACAAUCGAUCUCAAGAACCUGGACUUUUCUUCAUGGUGCCCUUUGCUCCAGACUGUCACCUUUGGAUCCGACGACACCGACGCCAUAUCGGCCUUGCUUCUCAACAAUUUCAAGGACUUGAAGUCCUGUACCCUUUCAGCCAAGACCUUGGCAAUGUCCACGGCUCUCGGACUGGUCUCCCAUAUGGACUCACUGACUACGAUCAGGUUCACUGGCGAGGCACAGGAAGCAACAUCGAUGCAAUUGCUCAGUGUGACCAUGAAAUUGUGCCGCAACCUUCAAGUCCUGUCUUUCGAGUCCCUUGUCUGCGAUGUGGAGACUGUCGAGAAAAUCCGGUGGGGGUGUAAAGGUCUGAGAGAGCUGCGAGUCCGAUUCCAGGGCCUCGAUACCCCUGAGGACAUCGAUGACUGUCUCAAGAAGCUGUGUGUUACGAAACGAUCUGGUGGUAUUGGGUCGACCCGACAGUUAGAUAAGGAUAUGAUCUCGACUCGAAUUGUUCAGCAUCUUCUCCAAUUCAAGCAGCUAAGAACUGUCUGGCUAGGAACCAAGGAUUACGACCUCCAUAGCUCAUCUGCCUAG